CUAGCGCUAUUGAUGCUUGCUCUCCUCACCAUUUGCUACUAUCUAUCUUCUACAUCCAAUACACACUCUCUGUCGCUGAUCCGACUGAAACUGCCAAAAAGCAAGAGGCCUUCCAAGUUCAAAAUACCGGGAAAAGAUGUCAGAUAGGCUGCACAAUGCUGCUAAAAUUGGAGACAUCGACAUGUUGUACGAAUUACUCCGUGAGAAUCCACACAUUUUAGAUUCAACUGAAGAUGUACCAUUUGCAGAUACUCCUCUGCAUAUAGCAGCUUCAUCCGGUGACAACGAGAGGAGAGGCUCAUCCCAUGAGAGGGCCAAGUUCGCCGUGGAUGUAGCCAUCCUAAAGCCGUCAUUCGCCAUGAAGCUGAAUCCUGAUGGUGUCACUCCAAUGCAUUUGGCCUUGCUGAAUGGGCAAUGGAAGACAGUAAGGGCACUGAUGAGACUUGACACUGAGCUGAUUCGGGUGAAAGGCAAAGGCGGGAAGACACCUCUACCCAUUGCUGCUGAAAUUGGUCCUCCACAGCUGCUGGCCGAACUUCUCUUCUAUUGCCCGUCAUCGAUUGAAGAUGUGACCUCCCAAUGGCAGACCGUCAUGCAUAUUGCCGUGGAAGCAAAUAACUUCGAGUCUUUUGAAGUUCUUCUCGGAUGGAUACUAAGAAUUGACAGGGAAAACAUACUCUAUUGGAAGGAUAUGGAUGGUAACACCGUAUUGCAUGUUGCAACACGCACGAAUCAUAUUCAGGUGGAAACAAGGCUCUUACGACAUAUCGACGAUGCCAUCAAGAACUUCAGGGGAGAGACAGCGCUAGAGAUGCAUGAUAAGGAAAAUGGACCGCAUCAUAAUGCAGAAGUUGGGAGGGUUCUACGAGCAGCAAGGAGUGGAAACCCUCUGUUUCCUCUGUUCUGGAAGGAGUGGUCUCUGGCAGGUCGUAAUUUGAGACUGGCAGAGUAUCUUAGGCACGAUCUCUCCGAGAUCGAACUGUGGAAGAGAAGGAUCAAGCGUACAUUGGAUAACAUGGGAGUAAGAUUUGCCGAAUCUCAGGAAUUAGUCAUAGUGGUAGCAAUAUUAGUAGCCACGGCCACGUAUCAAGGUAUUCUAAGUCCACCAGGAGGAUUCUGGCAAGACUCCACCGAUACUGGCACUGCAACCAGCGUUGCUAGUGAUAGUACGCCGGCUCCGCACUUGGCGGGACAGAUGGUCAUGAAUGGCAAGUUGCUUUUUAAGUAUAUUGGGUUAAACAGCUACGCCUUCUCGACUUCAGUGUGCCUGAUCAUUGCCUGCAUGCCUGCCGAUGUUCUUUUCAGCGGCUACCUCAUGAUAACCAUGACUAUACUCUUGUACACCUACCUAUUUGCACUAAGCAGCACCCUUCCCCCAAACCACAUCAUGCUGAAGCUUUGGAUGCAUAUGGUGAUAGUUAAAGCCAGUUUCCUUGGACCGCUGAUUGUCAUAGCCCGUAUAUGGAUAAUGGCUGCUCGGAAAUUCAUGACCUUCAAGCUAGAUGCGGCUGAGAUAGGACACAAAGGGCAGGUUGUGGAAUACAAUGAGGACGAGAAUGCAAGAAGCAACCAACACGGGAGCUAAAUUCAUAGUACUGUUCAUGCUGACAGUCUUCAGGGUCUUCAAAGUCCAAAACAGCUCAAUCCUAGUUAGUUAUAAAUCGUUAUGCUUGUGUAAUUUGUACAGUUGCCUGUUUGCUGCCCUGACUCAUGUGAGUACUAUAUUUAUCAAACUUAAAUUAUUUGAAUUCUAUCAAGUAUUUUUGUUUAUAUUUCUGAA